UGUCCUUCGAAGUCAUACUGGAAAGCGCCGAUAAUUUUUCAAUUGUUAGCAUUAUACACAGGCGCUCUUCUUGCUCGAAGCGCUUUGCUUGACGCGCACGGCAGCGAGGUCCUGCCCGCAAGCACAGCCCGAGGUCUCACUCACACAACCCCGCCGAAGGCAACCAGACCGCUGUAGGGUUUACUCCUCAUAUCUUGAAAUUUCUCUCCAGUGACUUGGGAGAGUAGUCUAUCGACACGUUUCACGAAACGUUGAAAGCUUCGUACUACGUGCCGACUGGCCAACGACUUAAAGUUGGUUAGACCCUAACAUCGAUUCAAACCGUUCAACUCUCCCGUCGCAACCUUACGCGACCUGGGCCCCCCAGCUACCAGCUACCAGCUCCGAUACGAUAGACCACAGCGAUAUCAUGGCUUCCACCGUACCGAAGCCCGGGCCGGCAAACCUGCGCCCAGGAGCGGGCUUGGAUGAAUGGCUGGAAGAAGCAAAGCGGUGUCAUUAUCUCCCAGAGGCGGUGAUGAAACAGCUAUGUGAAAUGGUUAAGGAGGUCCUUAUGGAGGAGUCCAACAUCCAACCCGUCGUCACACCCGUUGUGAUUUGCGGAGAUAUACAUGGCCAGUUCUACGACCUGCUGGAGCUUUUCCGCGUGGCGGGAGGAAUGCCAGGCGAGACAAGUGUACAAGCUCCCCAGACUGCAACAACGGUUAUCACAUCAGAAGAUAUCGAGCCACCAACAGAAAUCACGGAUCCAAAGCUGAGGAAAAGAAUCCGAAGCUCUAGCGCGAGCGGCGCAACCGAGGAUGGUGGCGGUGACAGCGCAGAUCAAUCGGCCCAGCCAACAGAUGAAAACUCCGAAAAGUCUACCGCUGCGCCUUCUCCGGCGGCCGACACCCGCUUCGUUUUCCUGGGCGAUUUUGUCGACCGUGGAUACUUUAGUCUUGAGACUUUCACACUGCUAAUGUGUUUAAAAGCAAAAUACCCUGAUCGUAUUGUUCUUGUUCGUGGAAACCACGAGUCUCGACAAAUCACUCAGGUGUAUGGCUUCUAUGAAGAGUGUCAACAGAAGUACGGCAAUGCCUCAGUAUGGAAGGCCUGUUGUCAAGUCUUUGAUUUCUUAGUACUUGCUGCUAUUGUAGACGGUUCAGUGCUCUGUGUUCACGGUGGCUUGUCUCCAGAGAUCCGGACUAUCGAUCAAAUCCGAGUUGUAGCAAGAGCGCAGGAGAUUCCUCACGAGGGCGCCUUCUGCGAUCUGGUCUGGAGCGACCCGGAAGAUAUCGACACAUGGGCUGUCAGUCCGCGUGGUGCCGGGUGGCUCUUCGGUGACAAGGUUGCUACCGAGUUCAACCAUGUGAACAGGUUGCAGACUAUUGCGCGAGCUCACCAACUUGUGAACGAAGGUUACAAGUAUCACUUCGCCCAGAAGUCGGUCGUUACUGUCUGGUCCGCGCCGAACUAUUGUUAUAGGUGCGGCAAUGUUGCCUCCAUCAUGGCAGUCGACCGCGACCUGAACACCAAGUUCAGCAUAUUCUCCGCAGUACCAGAUGAACAGCGGCACGUCCCUGCCGGGCGUAGAGGCCCAGGUGACUAUUUCCUGUGAGAUGAAACAAGAAGGUCCACGAAAUUACGAGCAUAGUUCAAGGUCAUUGUUGGGACAGGCGUUUGGAGCGGCUUCUUUUGUCACUAGAGGGGAUUGGCGGGCCAUGCAAUUUGACAUAUAUAAACUUGAUACCGACAUGGCAAAGUGGCAGGCGUUGGUUAGUAGUAUAGAUUACAUGCACGCCUACUGUUCUCAUCAUUCUUCCUCUUUUUUUUUUCUUUUCUUUUUUUUUUUUUUUUUUUGCUCAUAACAAGACUGACAUUGGACACCAGUCGAGCCCUUUUGUUGACUGUAAUUCUAGGUG